AUGGAGAACUUGGAAUUAGCAAUGGAAGAUGAGAACUUGGAAUUAGCAAUGAACACCGAAUCAGAAGAAUGUGCUUACUUAGAUCAUCCUCCAAAAGGAGCUGUGAAGAAACGGAUUCAUGCUGCUAAGUUAAAUGCAUCUUUAAAAUUCUUGGAAGGAGGAAGAAACCAAAUUGAUAUUCAGUUAUCUGAAGUUGAAAAAACAAAGGAAGAGCUUACACGGUGCAUUAAAAAUCUUCAGACUCAACAAGCAUCUUUGCAGUCAGAAAACACACAUUUAGAAAGUGAGAAUCAGAAGCUUCAACAGAAACUUAAAAUAAUUACUCAAUUCUAUCAAAAUGAAAUGAGACUCUAUAGGAAAUUAACACUACAGGAAAAUAGCCACUUAGAGAAAGAAGAGAAACUUUCUAAAGUAGACAGAAAGAUUGUCCAUGCCACCGAGAAGCUGGAGACCUAUAGAAAGCGAGUCAAGUAUCUCAAAGAAGAAUUCAAGAGAACUAUUCAUUGCUAUCCGGUGGACUAUGAGAAAAAAGCACAUCGUAAUUGGUUGGCAGCUCGGACUGCUGAAGGAAACCUCAAUCAUUUAGGGAAAGACAAUGCUCACAGCAGGCAAAAAUUAACUGAAAUACAAUUUAAACUGUUAGGAAAAGAUCCUGAUGCACUUUAUGUUCCAAAUACGGCAUUUGGCAGAGAACAUUCCACAUAUGGUCCCUCACCAAUGGGUGGACCUUCAUCUGAAACGAGAGCUUUUCUCUGUCCUCCAACUCUGUUGGAGGAUCCACUCAGACUCUCACCUUUGCUUCCCGGGGGGAAAGGAAGAGGCUCAAGAGGCCCAGGGAAUCCUCUGCAUCAUCAGAUUACCAACAAAAGAGGAGAAUCAACCUGUGGUAGGUUACCGGAUCCUCACAGGGCUCCUUCUGACACUGGGUUCCUGUCACCUCCGUGGGAACAGGACUGUAGGACGAUGUUUCCUCCACCAGGACACCAGGUCUACUGUGGUUGUAGACAAAUGGGAAAGUAA